AUGGAUGUGAAAGUUUAUACUGUCAAUGGCGCAGUAGCAGGCUCAUCAUCAUCUAUUCCAGAUUGGCUUAUAAAAAAACGAGCAGCGAAAGGAAGAGGAAAGCGGGUCUCAAAAGAACAUGUCCAAGGCGCUGUCGAGCUCAUCCAAGGAUUCGAAUUCCCCGAGGCCAGCAACAAAAUAAAAACCACAAGAGACGGUCAUCAUGCCAUAGCUACUGGCACUUAUAAACCUCAGACAAGAGUCUGGGAUCUAGAUGAGCUCAAUCUAAAAUUCGAAAGACAUUCAGAUGCAGAGAACGUCGAUUUCAUAAUUUUAUCAGAUGAUUGGACAAAAAUCAUGCACUUGCAAAAUGAUCGUACUAUCGAGCUGCAUACUCAGGGAGGGUUUCAUUAUAGGACUCGUAUACCGCGCUUCGGUCGGUCACUGGCAUAUCACUUUCCAUCAUGCACCGCGCUCUUCUCAGCUUCAGGAAACGAGAUAUAUCGACUUAACCUCGAACAAGGACGUUUUCUCAAUCCUUUAGUUCUUCAAGAUGACGACAUCCAAGGCGUGAACUGUAUUGACAUCAACCCCGCGCAUAACCUCCUCGCAUUUGGCGUCGAUGGGAACGGGACAGUUCAAUUCUGGGAUCUUCGUUCUAGAUCAUCGGUUGGUGUGCUUCGGAUACCGACCAGUCGACUGCUACGCCCCACAGCGCGAAGUACCAUGCCAGGCGUCGACGAUACAGGUGCACUUAGUAUAGGCGUUACAGCAAUCGCUUCCAGAUCAGACGGCCUAUCAUACGCUGUAGGGACAUCCACAGGACACACCCUUCUAUACGAUAUCCGAUCCAACCGGCACUUUGCACUAAAAGACCAAGGCUACGGCCUCCCAAUACGCAAUCUAACAUGGAUAGAGGGCGGUCGACUCGCAGGGGAUGGUAUGGUAUUGAGUGCAGAUAAAAAAGUCGUCAAGAUAUGGGAUCGUAAUUCUCCCUCAUCCAACUUCGUAUCCAUAACACCCGCAAACGACCUCAAUCACAUCCACCAUGUCCCAGGCAGUGGCCUCUUCCUCACCGCAAACGAAGGCAUUCAAAUGGGCACAUAUUAUGUCCCUGCGCUUGGUCCCGCACCACGCUGGGCUAGUUUUCUGGAAAAUAUUACGGAGGAAAUGGAAGAUUCUACGACCAGGAGCGUGUAUGAGGAUUUCAAGUUUGUAGAGAGGAGUGAGCUGAAGAUGUGCGUUAUCUUUUUUUUCGCUUUCGCUACCAUCUUGAUCCCGCGCUGUAUUGCCCAUUCGCCCAAAACUCACAACUCACGCACCCUCCACAGACUUGGCCUUGACCACCUAAUAGGGACCCCCGCUCUUAAACCCUACAUGCACGGCUACUUCCUCUCCCUCCACCUCUACGACACCGCGCGCGUUAUCGCUAACCCCUUCGCAUAUGCUGAGCAUCGUGAGAAACUCGUUAAGGAGCGGAUGGAGAAGAUGGCGGAGACGAGGAUACGUACGAAGAAGGGUUCUGGUGCUGGAACUGGGGUAGGAGGUGAAGAAUUCAAGGUUAAUAAAGCAUUGGCGGAGAGGAUUGAGAGGGGGCUUGAGAAGGAGAGGAAGAAGGAGGAGAGGAAGAAGAAGAGGGGUGUCAAGGGUGAGGAGGGUGGGGAGGAUGAAGAGGAUAUGGAUGUUGAUGCCGAUGCCGAUGCUGGAGAGGCAGAACAAACUCCAACCGAACUCGAAAAACCAACCCUUCUCAACGACCCCCGUUUCAAAGACUUAUUCUUGAAUCCCGAGUUCGCAGUGGACGAGACCACGAGGGAGUAUGCGCUUUUGCAUCCUUCAGCUUCGGCUUCUAAGCAGAAGGGAAGAGGGAAGACUGCUGUUGAGGAGGAAGAAGAGGAGAGUGAGAGGGAUUCAGCUACUGGAAGUGAGGAUGAGAGCGAGAGUGAGAGCGAUGGUGGUGAGGGAAGCGAUAGCGAUGAUAGUAGCGAUGCUGGUGAACUCAACAACUUUGACCCACGCGCUCGUCCAGGUCAAAAGAAUGAACGCGCACACCAAGCAUACACGCGGACGCGCCAACACAACAGACAAGCCAAUGCCAAUGUCAAUGUCAAUUUCGUCCCUCUUGUCCCGCACACUGAAACUAGUACGAGCGCGAGGAAGACGGAUGAUAAGACUGCUACGUUUGGACAGCGCAGGAAUGCCCCUGCGCGUGCUUCCUCCCACGCUACAGCACUCCGCGCCGAAAAUACAGGAGGGUUUGAAAUGAGCUGGGUUCCUUCUUCCACAAAGGAUCCCUCAAGAGACCGGGGGAGCAGAAAAGACAGAAAUACAAGGAAGGGCGUGGAGGUGUUUGGAGCUGGUAUGGAGCGUGGGGGUGGUGAUGGGGAAAGGACGACUGUGUUGAGUGAGAGUGAACGGACAGGGAGGAAGCAGCGGAGGAAGGGGAUGAGGAGUGGGAGUAAGAAUGUGUUUAGGCAGUUAGGGUAA